GUCCCUUCACCCCCACAUCUCCUCCCUGCUACUGCUUUUAAUCUCCACUCCGCGUCCACACCUCCUCUCUUUCUUUCUUUCUUUAUCUCUCCUUCUUUGGGAAGAAAUAAUACUAUUUUAAUCCACCCUCACUGCGUUUUGGAUCUCAUCUUCUUCACCUCUUUGCGUGUAGCAUUAAUUUUUUCUGUUUCUGGAAAACCACAGAGAGAGAGAGAGAGAGAGAUAGAGAGAGAGUUAAAGCAUCUAACUUUCCAGCGCGGCAGCGAAAGAGAUUUCUGGGUUUUUUUUUUGGACAAGUUCCCUUAUUUGGCUUCUGGGUUUAGUUUUAGUUGUCGGUGGUGUGAUUCUUGGAAACAAAGCUAAAGAAGAGUUUUUGGGUCAUAAAAAGGGGGAAUCUUUCUGCUUAAAGUUUGAAUCUUUUUGGUGUAGAAGCGAGAUAAGAUAAUGGGGGAGACAGGUCAUCAUCACCACCACCAUCCGCCGCCACCACAGGGGAUUCCGCCGCCGCCGCCGCCAGUAAUGCCGCUUGGCGCCGCCAGAGGCCCCGUUUACCCUCCGGCGGAGCAGCUGCUUCACCUUCACUACUGCAUACACUCCAACCCUUCAUGGGUUCAAACGGUUCUGCUGGCUUUCCAACAUUAUGUGGUUAUGCUUGGAACUACAGUGAUGAUUGUGAAUACACUCGUGCCUCAGAUGGGAGGGGGUGCGGGUGAUAGGGCCCGCGUGAUUCAAGGUUUGCUUUUCACAUCCGGAGUGAAUACCCUCCUGCAAACACUUCUUGGGACACGGCUUCCCACAGUCAUGGGUCCUUCUUUUGCAUAUCUUAUAUCGGCAUUGUUAGUUAUAAAUGAUCUCUCUAGUGAUACCUUUCCCUCCGAGCAUGAGAGAUUUCUCCACACAAUGAGAGCGAUUCAAGGUUCACUAAUUGUCUCUUCCUUUAUCAAUAUUAUUCUCGGCUAUGGCAAGGUGUGGGGAAAUCUUACGAGAUUCUUCAGCCCCAUUGUUAUAGCUCCAUUGGUAAUUGUUUUGGGUCUCGGUUUGUUUUCGAGGGGCUUCCCACAGUUGGCCGAUUGUGUAGAGAUUGGGCUUCCGAUGUUAAUUUUACUAGUUGUAUGCCAACAGUAUCUGCAACAUGUCGUCCAUCACCAUCAACUUGCCCGUUCCAUACUCGAAAGAUUUGCCUUGCUAUUUUGCGUUGGACUUGUCUGGGCAUUUGCUGCUAUCCUUACUGUUGCUGGCGCGUACAACCAUGUUAAGGAGAGAACCGCGCUGACUUGUCGUACAGAUCGUGCCAACCUUAUCUCAUCUGCUCCAUGGAUCAAGAUUCCGUAUCCUUUUCAGUGGGGCACUCCUAUAUUUAGAGCGAGCCAUGUUUUCGGAAUGAUGGGUGCUGCACUCGUUACGUCGGCGGAGUCCAUUACAACGUUUUAUGCUGCGUCGAGGCUUGCAGGUGCCACGGCCCCUCCGGCAUUUGUUAUAAGCCGAAGCAUUGGCCUUCAGGGUAUAGGCCAGCUCAUUGAUGGGUUUUUCGGUGGUGUUGUCGGUACUGCUGCAUCUGUUGAAAAUGUUGGCCUACUCGGACUAACUCGUGUUGGGAGCAGAAGAGUUGUAGAGAUAUCCAGUGCUUUCAUGAUCUUCUUUUCCAUAUUUGGAAAAUUCGGAGCAUUCUUUGCUUCAAUUCCUUUGCCCAUAUUCGCAGCCAUAUAUUGCAUCUUGUAUGGCAUUGUUGCUGCUGUCGGGGUUUCAUACAUUCAAUUCGCAAAUAACAACUCGAUGCGGAACAUUUAUGUGUUGGGCGUCUCUCUGUUCCUUGGAAUAUCCAUACCGCAAUACUUUGUGAUGAACACAGAUAUUUCCGGUCAUGGCCCUGUCAAAACCCAGGCCGGAUGGUUCAAUGGCAUAUUGAAUACGAUUUUCUCGUCGCCCCCCACUGUGGCAAUGAUCGUCGGGACAAUUCUAGACAACACGCUGGAAGCGAGGAAUACAGUGGAAGACCGAGGUCUACCCUGGUUUGUGCCUUUCCAUAGGAGAAAGGGAGAUAGCAGAAAUGAAGAGUUUUAUAGUUAUCCCAUUAGAUUUGGUGAGUAUAUGCCUACAAGAUUCAUGCGAUAACAACCUCGUACCCAUCCUUGUAUAUUGCAAACUUGUCCAAUUUGUCUCGACUUUUGAAUUGUAUAACAUUUUUGCUGAUUGACUUUGUAAAGUUAUGUUGUCUUUCAAAUGAAUUUUUUCGUUAGCCU